CAAAGCGUGAUAUUGUGAAUAAAUUCUGCAAUUACAAAUCUAUUGAUCGAAUAUGUGUUUCUUUGAUAAUCGGUGCGAUCGAAAUCUGACGGUGGUGAAGAUGGAUGUGGCGUGGUGGAUGGAGGCGGCUCCUCCCCAGAUAAUUUUCCCGGAGAAGCCAUCUACUUCUCCGAUUCUUGAGACGAUUUUGGAAGGACGAGAGACCGAAGAAGAUGAUCAAGAACAUGAUAUCAAAGACGUUUGAUGAUCAAUUUUUUUUUUAAAAUAAAUAUUUGGUCAGGUAGAUUUUUUUGUUUGUUAUUAUUAUAUGAAUGUAUAAGAUGAGAUUUUUGUAUAUUUAUAAUCAUAUCUCAUGAUAAAUAGCUAUUUGUGGAACUU